GGGCGUCUUUUGUUGGAUGAUAGAGCUUCUUGCCCAUAGGGCUUGUGGAGUCUCCCUCACUGGAGAUAAUCAAGAACGGUCUGAAUGCAAUCCUGUGCCGUGUGCUCUGGGAUGACCCUGCUCGAGUGGGGAGCUUGGACCAGAUGACCCACUGUGGUGCCUUCCAACCUUACCUAUUCUGUGAUUCUUCAGUCCCCCUGGUGCUGCUGGCGGGUGAGACCGGGGAGUUCCUCCCAAAUUGACGCUUCAGACAGCGCUGCCUCGGAAACCUUUUGCGUGUCUGUAAUGAGAUUUGCAGGGAUGAUAUUACCACCAGGUCAUAAUUGGAGACAUACACAGAAAGGCACAAAUCUAUGUAAAGCUGUGAGGGAAGAGUAAAGUAAUGGGAAAAAAAAAACAAACUGUGAGGUUAGAGUAAACCCAUCUCUUAUGGUUUGUUGACUGCAAGAAUAGUUAAUUGAAGGUUGAUAGGAAGCAAAAUCUCCCUGCAUGGACACAUCAUCCAACCGAUUUUGACUGGGCAGUUGUGAGGAAAGGAGGGGACUUAAUUCAUCAGUCUUCCCUUUUUUAUCUUUUCAUGCAGGUAACUCUCCAUUAGGCAUCAAGAUCACUGAAAUACCAGUUGCAGAAGCAGACAUGAAAAGAGCUAUAUCAAGCUCCCAAGGUGACAUACUGGCUUGAAGAUUUGUACAGCUUUGCUGUUCCAUGUGAAGGCAGUGGUUAGUUGAAGCUUCUCAUAGGGGAAGUCCUGUCUCAUUUGUAGGAAGAAGAUGGGACCCCUUUUACUUCUAAUAAUUUGUCAGUGUGCCAUAAACAGUGUCAAAACACACAGUGCUUCAAAUCCCAAUAUCAUUUUACUGAUGGCUGAUGAUCUUGGUAUUGGAGACCUGGGAUGUUAUGGGAACAAAACCUUAAGAACCCCAAAUAUUGACAGGCUAGCAGAGGAAGGAGUGACGCUUACUCAGCAUAUAGCAGCAGCCCCACUUUGCACUCCAAGCAGGGCAGCUUUCCUGACAGGGAGAUAUCCUAUAAGAUCAGGAAUGGCUGCCUUCUCACGAGUUGGUGUCUUCUUAUUUUCUGCCUCUUCCGGGGGACUUCCUUCUGAAGAAAUAACUUUUUCCAAACUCCUGAAACAGAAAGGUUAUGCAACCGCUCUAAUAGGAAAGUGGCAUCUUGGGAUGAACUGUGAAAGCAGUAAUGACUUCUGUCACCACCCCCUCAGUCAUGGAUUUGAUUACUUUUAUGGGCUUACUGUGACCAAUUUUAGAGACUGCAAACCUGGCCAAGGCAGCGUAUUUUUAAAAGGGGUUCAGAAAGCCCUUAUCUUCCCAAUCCAAGUCGCUGGAAUCACCCUUGUCUCUUUGGCGAUAGCGCGGUGCAUUGGCCUCCUCAAUGUACCUUUCCAAGCAUUCUGUUACUGCUUGUUAAUAAUCACAAUUUCACUUGUGGUUUUGAUAUUUUUCUUCUAUCAUUUUCGACACUUAAACUGCUUCUUAAUGAGGAAUCAUCAGAUUGUCCAGCAGCCACUGUCCUAUGAGAACCUUACUCAGAGGCUGACAAAGGAAGCCAUGCAGUUUAUUGGAAGGAACACUGAUGCACCAUUUCUUCUUGUCUUGUCUUAUCUUCAUGUCCACACUGCUCUGUAUGCUUCAGAAAAUUUCAGAGGAAAGAGCAAGCAUGGCUUAUAUGGUGAUGCAGUGGAGGAAAUGGACUGGAGUGUAGGACAAGUUCUGGAUGUGCUGGAAAAACAUAAUCUGAGUGACAAAACUCUUGUAUACUUUACAUCUGACCAAGGGGCCCAUGUGGAAGAAAUUUCUAGUGCUGGAGAAGUCCAUGGAGGAUACAAUGGCAUAUAUAAAGGUGGAAAAUCAACAAACUGGGAAGGAGGUAUUCGUGUGCCAGGUCUUCUCCGUUGGCCUGGAGUGAUACAGGCUGGUGCCUAUAUUGAUGAGCCAACAAGUAACAUGGAUAUAUUUCCUACCGUAGUCAAACUUGCGGAGGCACAGUUACCCUCUGACAGAAUUAUUGAUGGACAUGACCUGCUGCCCUUACUUCAAGGAAAAGUUACUCGAUCUAAGCAUGAAUUUCUCUUCCAUUACUGUAAUGCAUAUUUAAAUGCAGUGCGCUGGCAUCCAGGAAACAGUGAAUCUGUCUGGAAAGUCUUCUUCUUCACUCCAAACUUCAGUCCCGAGGACUCCAAUGGUUGCUAUGAUUCUCAUGUUUGCUUUUGCCAUGGAGGAUUCAUUACACAACAUGAUCCCCCACUGCUCUUCGAUCUGUCCAGAGACCCUGAAGAGAAAGUCCCGCUGACUCCAGAAACUGAGAGCCGUUUCUACGAAAUCCUCAGGGUCGUUCACCAAGCAGUAGACAAUCACACGAGAUCCUUGCAGGCUGUUCCUAACCAGCUGUCAUGGGACAACCUUCUCUGGAAGCCAUGGCUCCAGCUCUGUUGCUCAUCUCUCUUUCAGUCUUGCUAUUGUGACUAUGACUCAGGAGGGAGUCCUCUGGAAGUGCAUUCAGGAUAAACAAGCUGCAAUUCGCUGUCAGAAACUGGAACAGAAGAAUGUGGGUAUCUGACUUGAACCAGCGUGGUACUAGCCUUCCAGAGGUUUUGUUGUAUUAGCUGAGGACCUGUCUUCAAAGACACAUUGCAGUAGAAGAAAAUUUCAGUCAAGAAAAUGUGCCAAGAAAGGGAGGAUGAGACACUGCUUUUCUGCCUUUAUCAUACAGCAUGAAAAACAUGUUGCCAUCCUCAUCUACAAAUGAGUAGACUGUAGGCGUUUUCUAUGUGAGAUAAUUUUCUAGACCUUCAACUUCAGCUUCUUUCUUACACAGCAAAGAAUUUAGCUGUGGUUUCUGUCAAUCACAACUACUAAAUGCACACUUUCCUGUCCUUUUUGCUAAGUGUUAUCCACCAUUAGUAGGACAUAGCACUGAGUAAUUAAAAAGAGAGAGAUAAUAGUGGAGAGGUCCACCUGUGACUGUGAUUUGGUAACUGAUAGAUAGGUUAAUAGCAGACUUGCAACAUCAUCUCUAUCAACAAGCAUCACGGAUAUGAAAAAAUUAACAGACUGCCAACAGUCUAACUUUGUAUGUGCCAUAAAAAUGUACAGAGCUAUGUAGUGGAAGUCGUUGUGUCCAUAUUAAAACGAUGCUCCCCAGCAUCCCUACUGUCCUAUUGCAUAUCUGCAACCUUUGUUUAUCAGUUGUGCACUUGAGUGUGUACCAUAAGUCUCCAUAUAUAUAUAUAUGUAAGCCAAAUUAAUAACCCACAAAUCCUUCAAUCUCUGGUACAGGCACACCUUUAUGGUCGUAGCCCAAUUGAUAAAAUAAAAGGUUUGGUCCAUACUUGAUAUUUGAGUUCCAAAUACACGAUCCUACAAAUAUAUCUUUCACUAUCUAUUUACCAUACCUAUUCUUCCAUUGAUGAAUGUAAUCACAAAUAAAUAAAAUUUGGUCUUCCUUUAAAUAUCUUUGCCAUCUUUUAAGAUUUCUGAAUAGGAUCUAUGAUUUUCUGAAAAUAAACUUGGGCUUCAGUACUUAAAGCCAAAUAUAACAGUCUCUGAGUUCUUAGCAAGGCCUUGGGAAACCUACUGUUCUCCAGGGCUAAUUUCUGUGUCCAUUUUUAUCUGAAUCUUAUUCAGGCACAUUUUGUUUCCACUCCACAGGCAGACAAGCUAUUUUCUUUGGAAGAUUGUAGAUGAAGAGAACAUAUCAGCAAAAUACUAAAAUGAUUUGAUGCCUGAUAAUAGAAGGUGACUUGCUCCUUAUCAGAAAGAAACAGUUAAUUCCCACAUUACAAUGUAUUAAAACCUGUUUGUUGCAAAAGUGAUCUGUGUUGAUAGUAAUGCAAUAGCUUCAGUCAACCAACAUUAAGGUUGUGACCUGGUUCUUGUGAGCUAUUGAAGCCUGUCCUGUAAAAUAUAUUGUGAUAUAUGGCGUAUUUCUCUGUCUGUAAAACCUAGGCUUUAUUUGAUUUUUCUGCUGCAGUUUCAUUCCAAAUGUCAUUCUCCACAAUAUCCAGAUGCCUGUCCUGGGAAAUGUACUUUUUCCUUGAAGUCCUAUUUUUGAUGUUCCACCCUGUGUUUAUGAUGGUAUGUCCUCUGCAAGCUCUUUGUAGGUGGCCAAGUCCCAUGUGUGCUGAUAAAGUUUGUCUGUUCAGAUAUUUCCCUGAUAACCACUCAGGACCAUUUACAUUGCAUCAGGAAAGCUGUCAGA